UGUGGUGACCACUUGGAGAGCGUGCAUAGUUGACCACACAACAGCCUGGUGCCAUGAUGGUCUCUGCUGGAGGUGUAGCCUGUGUCUUAGUGCUAUUAUGGGUCUACUGCUGGGCAGCUGUAUCUGAGGAGGGUGCAUGGGAUGAGGUGAAACUCAAGCCGCAGCAGCCAGUAGAGCUUCUUAUGGCUAAGCAUCAAGGAGUGCAAGAAGAUGAAGGGGGACAAAAGGACGAGCAGACACCUGCGUCGGAGGACGCUACUCUGAAGCUGAAGGUGAUGCCACAGCGUCAGUGGAAAACUCUGCAGUUUCUUCUUGAGAAGUCUAGACAACGGCUACCUGUUCAUCCACUGAAGCCAAAGGCGGUGAGUACAGCUGAGGCCGAAGACUGGCAAGGGGAUGAGCCAUGGCUGGAACCUCGACCUUGGCCUAAGAAACAAAGUCCGAAGACCCAGACCCAGAACCAGCACAAGGGUCAACGUCAGCAGUCUUCUACUGUGAAGCAAAGUUGGGUGCCCUGGAAUCCCAAGCCAAAGAAGCCUGCUUCUUCAAAGGGUGGUUAUGCCAGCAAAUCGCACCGUGCAAAGGAAAUGGACUUCCCAGCACUUGAGUUUGAUGACGUCUCCCCUAGCCAAACAAUGUCUACCAAUCGUACUACUGCAAUUUCUCCAACACAGACGCCGACACGGACCCAGACACAGGUGCAGCAUUCAGGGGGUGACAGACCAUAUUUCUGGGGCCAGGCUGUUGCUGAGCAGACAGAUAUGGAAACGAGCGACAACGGGGAGCCACAGCAAAGUUCCCAGUCUGCUGAGCUUCCUACCGAUGAGGUCAUGGGCCCAGAGUCGCUCAGCGCUGAUUGCGGUGAGAGUCUUCUCCAUCUGCAGGUGAAAAGGGACUUCUUUGGUGUUGGACAACUGAUCAGUCCGGCAGAUGUCAUGCUUGGCGAUUGUGCUCCAACAGCAUUUGACUCUUCCUCUGAGACGCUGCUGUUUGAGACUGAGCUGCACAAAUGUGGAAGUACUGUUGAGAUGACUGAACACCUGUUGACGUAUACAUUUUUGCUGUCCUAUGUGUCAGAGGAGACCUCUGCUGUUAGAUUUCCCAGUGCUAUGGUCAAUAUUUCCUGUCAAUAUCAGAGAUGGCAGACUGUGAGCAGCAGUGGACUGAUGCCUGUGUUUCAAGCCUUUAGUGAUGCUCAGGUUUCUGAGGGGACUCUGGCCUUUUCUCUGAAGCUCAUGAAUGAUGAUUGGUCGGCUGAGCGGGCUUCCCUCCACUAUUUCCUGGGUGAGGUCUUGAACAUUGAGGCUUCCGUUCAAGAGCUGGGACAUGCGCCACUCCAUCUAGAUGUGGAAGAGUGUGUGGCUUCUCCAGACAUUGAUGAUGGGGCACAACCUGUUUACUACAUCAUAGAAAAAGAUGGCUGUCUGAUGGACUCAAAGUUGGACCAGUCCCGUUCCCAGUUCAUGCCACAUGCAUGGGGUGGGAUACGAAGAUUUCAGUUGGAAACCUUCAGGUUUGCUGGAGUUGGCGAGAAUACGGUAUACCUCACCUGUACUCUGAGGGCUGUCUUGAAUUCCUCCGCAAAGGAGCAUGCACAUAAGGCUUGCCAUUUCUCCAAGAAAAGGGACAUGUGGGUUGAUGCUGAUGGUCAUGAUGAGCUCUGCAGCUGCUGUGAUGAGGAAACCUGCCCAAAGCGCAGGGUGUCAAGAAGCCUUCAUGGUGUUAAGAAGCGGACUGUAGUACUGGGACCCAUUGAUGUUCAGAAGAGGAUUUUCUAGAUUUGCCAUGACUUGAGUUCAAUAACUAAUGCUUAAAUAAAACAUUAAAUAAAA